AUGUCUAGUGAUCUAAAGCUCGAGCUCACCCAGGAGCGUUCAGAAAAUGUUAAUGAUCCCGAAGAUCUGGAAGAGAAUGAACUAGAAGAGCAUCCAGACAAACUUGUAAAUCCAGAUGAAGUUGUUCAGGUAGAGGGUGCGCCGAAGAAAAAGAGGGAGAGAAAGGAAACUGCACAUCUUGUUCGUGACUCGGGUAAAUCACUUCUACCGUUUUCAAGGGUCCAAAAGAUCAUAAAAGCGGACAAGGAUAUACCUAUCAUUGCACGAGAUGCUACGUUCCUGAUAUCCCUUGCAGCGGAGGAGUUCAUUAAACGGCUGUGUCAGGCUGGGCAAAAAGCGGCUGAAAAGGAAAGAAGAACUACCGUGCAACAUAAAGAUCUGGCUACUGUCGUUCGAAGAGCAGACGAAUUCAUGUUCCUUGACGAAAUUAUUUCACUCAACCAACCAGAACCUCAGAAACGAGUUCCAAAAGCUCUGGCAGCCAAUGGCACAGUGUUACCAGCUGGUUCUGGGCCAACGCUUCUUGACUCGUUCGUCAAGACCCCUUCUAUGGGACCCGGUUCUGAGCAGUUGCAGGACGUGCAAAGCUCGGUAUGA